CUUCAAGACGUGCUCAGAAACUCUUUUGACAUCAUCAAUUUCGGUUCGGCCUCUGUCUCUCGCCAGAAGAUAAGGCUUGCGCGCGGAUUUUCUGUUUUUCGUGUGAAUGUCAACGGCGAUGGGGGCAUAUUGCAAAACCCGCUAUUACGCCUACAAUUUGGUGUUUAUGAUUACGAUAUUGUCGAUGAAAUUUAAUUAUUAUGAAUUUACCACUACGACAAGUGUUAAUAAAGGAUUUUAUACGAACUCUGGCAAUACGUCUUCAAAUGUUUUAAGAUUUCGUGACUUUGAACCGCGUAGCUUUAAUAAACUGGAUACGGAAGUGGGAUUACCAAGGCAAUUGCCCCAUACAGCUGGCACUAAUCGAAAAUCACGAGGAUUUCAAUUUCAUGCCGAUGAUAAGGAUGUAAGCAUUGAAAUGGAAUUCAUCAUACCCUUUGUGCGAAUACCCAUAGAACGCAGCAUGCAUUUAACAAAGACGGCCUUUCGGAAUCUAUUCAAUUUGAAUACUCACUCCAUUCUGACGACAGGAGCUGUGGUGGCCAUAGGUGGAAUAUUGGCUAUAUUGGCGAAAUUGAUUUUCAGUCCAUUUGGUGGUAUUGGCAUUGUGGGAGGUUAUAAAAAGUCAUCACGCAGUUCAGCAGAGUACCCGCCAUGGCAUCAACUCCACCAUGACAACUCUUCAACUUUAUAUCCCAAUAACUUUGUUUCAUAUGUGGAGUCUAAAUUAUAUGAAAAUGACAUUGAUCUGGGAAAUUGUAUUCAGAAGACGAUAUGCGAUUAUAGGCAGAGAAAUGUGGCUGGUGGGCAUACCGGCACAGCUGGCAGCAUUUACAAAAUCAUUGAUGGCAUUAUGGGUCUGAAAUCGGUGCACAGUGUCUUAAAUGGAACUGCUGUCAAGGAUGCCCUUGAUGCAGCUAAAAGUGGUCGAGACUGCAGUUUAACUUACCGAAAUUGUAAUUGGAAUCCGCCAGUUGCUAAGAAAGCUUUUGGCAUGCUAGCAAAAAUUGUGAAAUUUGAAAUGUAUAAAAGUUUACGGGAAACAGUGUUAAUUUUUGCUAUUUAUUUGAGCGGAAGUGCUAAGGCAAUCAACUUUGAUGAGGAUUUUGCACUCAAUGGAAGUUCCAUAGUGUCAAUGUUAGAACGGAAACCUAAGGUGGAUAUUGUGUCCUUCAAUCCUGUUGGUAAACACCUAGCUUUGGGAUUGGAUUUUCUCUUGCCAUUUAUUGAGAUUCCUAUAACCCGAGAGAUUGAUAUCUAUGGCAAUGAACCAGCUCUUAUCAACAUAAAUGCAGGAGCUGUUAUCUUAACUGGUAUUUUAGCAGCAUCCAGCGCUUUCGCAUCGUAUUUCUUUCGGACAUACUUAAUGUUGGAACCAAGUGGAAAAUCAGAAAAGAAUCAUAGAUCGGAUAGUUAUAAUUACGAAACAGAAUUGUGGUCCAUGCUGGAUAACGUCAAAGUGAUUUAUAAAAAUUCUACAGGAGCCAAGGCUGAUACCUCAUUGAAAGGCCUUCUGGCUACCAUUGAUGAGACGUUUGCACUCAAAGGCAUUGACAUAAGUUCGUGCUUACAGAAGGCUUUAUGUGAACGCUUGAAGCAAUCACACGAUGAACUUCCAGAUGAGGCAUCAGAAUCAACAUCUACGCAGGCCAUAGAUAAAAUCAUCGAUGGUUUGGCAAGUUUGAAAUGGGUAAGGCGAAAUGUUCUCCGUUACACAUCACUAAAUGAUGUCAUUAGCGAAAACGAUGAGAUGAUGACAACUUCGAAUCGUCAUCAGAAUCAUUUGACUUGUGACACGAAAUAUCCAAGAUGUAAAUGGCCUAUGUCUGGGGAUAAUAUAAGCAACUUGAUUGGAACACAUUUGAAAUUUACAUGAAGAUGCGAAAGUUGUAUUUCGAAUUCACAAGUAUUUUAAAAUUAAAAACUAAAAUUAGAUAUUAUAAAAUAAUACAAAAAAUUAACUAUAUUUAUAUGUAUUUAUAUAGCAAUGAAAGUAUUUAUUCUAGUUUUUUGUACACCCUUUUAAUACA